AUGGCUGAUGCGCAGAACAUUUCGCUAGACAACCCAGGGAGCGUGGGGGCCGUGGUGGUACCCGUGGUGUUCGCCCUCAUCUUCCUGCUGGGCACCGUGGGCAAUGGGCUGGUGCUGGCCGUGCUGUUGCAGCCCAGCCCCAGUGCCUGGCAGGAGCCGGGCAGCACUACGGACCUGUUCAUCCUCAACCUAGCGGUGGCCGACCUCUGCUUCAUCCUGUGCUGCGUGCCCUUCCAGGCCGCCAUCUACACGCUGGACGCCUGGCUCUUCGGGGCCCUCGUCUGCAAGGCUGUGCACCUGCUCAUCUACCUUACCAUGUAUGCCAGCAGCUUCACGCUGGCCGCCGUCUCCGUGGACAGGUACCUGGCCGUGCGGCACCCACUGCGCUCGCGGGCCCUGCGCACGCCGCGCCACGCCCGCGCCGCCGUGGGCCUCGUGUGGCUGCUGGCAGCGCUCUUCUCGGCGCCCUACCUCAGCUACUACGGCACCGUGCGCUACGGCGCGCUCGAGCUCUGCGUGCCCGCCUGGGAGGACGCGCGCCGGCGCGCCCUCGACGUGGCCACCUUCGCCGCCGGCUACCUGCUGCCCGUGGCCGUGGUGAGCCUGGCCUACGCGCGCACGCUGCGCUUCCUGUGGGUGGCCGUGGGCCCCGCGGGCGCCGCGAUGGCCGAGGCCCGGCGCAGAGCCACGGGCCGCGCGGGGCGCGCCAUGCUGGCGGUGGCCGCGCUCUACGCCCUCUGCUGGGGCCCGCACCACGCGCUCAUCCUCUGCUUCUGGUUCGGCCGCUUCGCCUUCAGCCCGGCCACCUACGCCUGCCGCCUGGCCUCGCACUGCCUCGCCUACGCCAACUCCUGCCUCAACCCGCUGGUCUACGCGCUCGCCUCGCGCCACUUCCGCGCGCGCCUCCGCCGCCUGUGGCCCUGUGGCCGCCGCCACCGCCACCGCCGCGCCCGGGCUCCCCCGGGUGCCCGUCGCCGCGUCCGCCCCGCCGCUUGCCCCGGGGACGCCCGGCCUCGCGGGAAGCUGCCGGCGGGCGGCGACCGGGCGGGCGAUCCGGGGGAAGGGCCCGCCCGCGCCUUAGAGGCUGGACGGCAAGCCCCAUCUGCCCCAGGACCGGAAUGAACCUCAUCUGCCUCCCCUCUGCGCGGGGGACAGUCUGUCUGCCAUUCCCCUUCCCCCAGGGUAUGGCGCCAGGCAGGAGUCCUCCGAGGCGAGGAGG